AUGCUUCUUAUUGUUAAUUUAUCCAGUUCAUCAUCGUUUCUUUCUCAAAUCACGGUGUAUAACUAUUUUUCCAAUUGUAUACUAUCAACAAUUCGGAGAUUACGUCUGUUGAACACUAAAUAUCAAUCUAUAGCAUUCACGUUGUAUUUUACUGUUGAAAUUAUUUCCUUUACAUUAUUUUUACUAAUUUCGGUUUCAUUAAUGCACUUACAGUUUACAAACAAUGUUAUUUGGUGCAAUAGUAUUAACAAAUGCUAG